AUGGAUGAAACAAUGGCUGAUGUGACAUCGAAGGCUGUAUCUGAAGUGAAACACAUGGGUCAUAAUAUUGUAAUAAUUCGAGUUGAUGCUGAAAGUCACAUUUUGUUCUUCGAUAUCGAAGGAUUGAUUGUUGAACUGCACAGUGAAGAGUAUGCGGCGAUGAGUCCAACAACGUUAGAGGCGCAAGGAAUAUUGGCGAAGGUGGAGGAAGGAGCUGAACAAGUAGGAACGAAGAUUCAAGCUAAAGUCGAAACAGUUGUGAAACAAAUUAAUGAACCGGGAAUAGAUCCAUUUGAUAGUACUCGAAAGAUCAUUCCAAAAAUGGAAGCAACUCAUGUGAUGGAAGUAGCUCAGUUAAUGUUGUCACUGAUACAUUCUUGGGGUCUUGAUCCACUUUUGAAUAUUGUCUGUGAGACACAAUUAGGUCUUCUUCGCCCAAUGGUUCCUAUUUCAUACGGAGUAUCGUCAAAAGGUGACAUGUCACUUCUCUUGCCAACUUGGCAAAACACCAUCAAGAAAGAAACUGUUCAGAACUUAUUCAAAGGAAUGGAAUCAGUUCAAUUGAACAAGUCUCUUCCAGAGAAUUUAUUACGACAAGAGACUUUGACACGAUUAUUCACAGCUCGUUUGCAUUGGGAGUUAAGCACGACAUUAACAUCCAAUCAUCUAUUGGGAAUGGUUGCAAUGUCGAACACUUUAAUAUCGAUGAAUAUGGCGACAUUUAUUCCAGAACAAGAAAGAACUCGCAAGAUUUCCAAACAACAAUCGUUGACAUCGACGAAGGCAAAUGUUGUUGCGUGGGCGAGUGAUGAUGAGCAUGAAGAAAUUUUAACCGAACAACAAGGGAAGAUAAAACAAGGUUGGAGUCUUCUGUCAACACAUCAUUGCUUCUUGUUACCGGAUAAAGUUGAUUCGAUGGAGCCAAGAAACUUCAAACGGCCACAAGUGGAAUUGAUGGCACGACGUUGGCAACAUCAUUGCAUUGAGAUUCGACAAGCAGCUCAACAAUUGUUUCUUGGUGAAUUGGGACGAAUGGGAAAGAAAGGGCGGAAGCAGUUGGUUGAAAAUUGGGCUCAAUUCUUGCCACUUUACACUCAUACAGAACCAAUUGCCCAACAAGUUCUACCAGCAUCUCCAGUCAAUUCGUCAUCACCUGGAGGAAUUGACGCACGACAAUCAUCAACUGAUCCUAAUGAAGAAGAAAUUGAAGAAGAGGAAGAAGAAGUCGUUCGUCAGAAGCCAUCAAGUUUAGCAGAAUUGAAGAGAAAACAAUCAACAGCUGUUGUUCUUUUGGGUGUUAUUGGUGCUGAAUUCGGUCAAGAUAUUUCAAAUGAAACUAAUACAAAUCCAAAUCAAAAUAAGCAACUGCAACAACAACAGCAGACGCAGCAACAAAAGUUGCCAACUGAUCAACAACAGCAAAGAAGAAAGAGUUCUGUUGUUGAAGGUUUUGGUAUUGGUAACAAUAAUUUAGCUCGUCUUACGGCGAUGGCAUUGACGCAUUUGUUACUUGAACCGCCGACUAUGAAGCUUCCAGCUCAUACACCUUUAAGACGGGCAGCAAUUGAUAUGAUUGGAAGAGGAUUUACAGUUUGGGAGCCUUAUCAUGAUGUCAGUAAAGUUUUAUUGGGAUUACUUGAGAUUUCAUCAGAUGCAUGUCGAACUGCAAGGCAUGCACUUCGUCUUAUUGUGACAGCUCGUCCAGCUGCAUUUAUCACCACAAUGGCAAGGGAAGUUGCACUUUACAACACUCUACAGCAGAACUCGCAAGCAUUGAGUGUGCCACUAACUCAAUCAGUUCUUCAUCGAGCUAAGAAAGAAAUUCUGCAAUUUGUUGAAAUGUUGAUCGAAAAAAUGCAAACUGAAAUGUCGGUGUUGCUUGUUGAAGUGACUGACAUUACAAUUCAUUGCUUGGACAUGGCUGACUUAAAGAAUCGUGGCUUGAAUGAAGUUUGUCCUGCAAUUUGUAAAUUCAAUCAAGUUUCGCAUUGUGCGUCAACGAGGAGAAUUGCAGUUGGUGCUCAUAAUGGUCAUCUGGCGAUUUACGAAUUGAGACAAAAUAAAUGUCAAAUGAUUCCAGCUCAUCAUCAACCAAUAACAGCUUUAGCAUUCAGUCCCGAAGGAAAGUAUCUCGUCAGCUAUUCGUGCGCUGAAAAUCGUUUAUCAUUUUGGCAAACAAGCCCUGGAAUGUUUGGACUUGGACAAAGUCAAACGAAAUGCAUUAAAGGAUAUUCAACAGCUCCGAUUCCAGACGUAACACGAUUAAAUCAAAUGAGGUUAGCUAAGCUAAUUUGGAUAAAUAAUCGAACUGUCACACUUAUGUUAGCUGAUGGUUCUGAAACUAGAUUCUACAUUUAAACGACAAUUUGCAUACAUUUUUAACUAAAUAUUUGGAUGUCAGUUAAAUAAAUAAUCAAACAAUUGCUGUUGUUAUAUGUAUACAAGUCAAAUAAUUAUGAAAUUCAGAUAAUUAUGCAACACCAUAACUUACCUUCUAAAAGGUUUUCAGAACUUUAAUCAACGACUAUAAAUUAAGCUUUUCUCUUCUAAAACAUUGAAUGUAAGUUUCAACCAAAUAAAGAAAUAAAAAGUUAAUAAAGUUCAAA